AGCUUCGAUUCUCAUGCUUCAAUUGACAUCUGUUAUGAUAAUAUACCACCAAUCUUCGGACUGUCACAUUCUCUAAAGAAUAUAUGCUAGCUUGAGGGGAUUGAGGUGCGGAGUGUGAUGGAGGCACAACUGAACUGAAGAAAGCUGAAAGGCUGGAUGCAAUAAUUGAAGCCAUGGGUUCCAGCCAUGGGAAGGAGCAACUUUUAUCCCGGUCAUCUGGCAGUCACACUCACUCCAUUCCUCACCAAAAGCCAUCGAGGAAAGGUAUCAUCAUGCCAUCAUGUCUCACCCCUCCAUUUCUAAUACCUGCAAAAGUAGCAAGCGGUAGAUAUGGAGGGCGUGCGUGCGUGCGUGAUUCAUCUCCCUUCUCCCCUUCUUCCGUGCUUUACUUAUACCCUUCCCUCAUCCUUUCGUCUCCUCGUCGCCUCCUUUUUAUAAAGCCCAUCGAUAGAUUUGGAGGUAGAAGAAAGCUGUAAGGAAGAGAGAGAGAGAGAUGAGCGUCAUGAAGGCUCCCAUCAGGUGUUGCAUCUCCUGCAUCUCCUGCAUCCUGCCAUGCGGGGCGCUCGACUUGAUCCGCAUCGUGCACGCGAGCGGGCAUGUCGAGGAGAUCAGCGGCACCGUCACCGCCGGGGACAUCAUGAGAGCCUACCCUAAGCAUGUCCUGCGAAGGCCACUCUCACCGUCGUCGACGAACGGAGUCGUCGUGCCGGAGGCCGUGAUACUGCCACCCAGCGCUGAAUUGCGGAAAGGGAAGAUAUACUUUCUGAUCCCGGUGGCGCCCCCGGCGCCGGGCAAGGCCCGAUCGGGGAUGAAGGGAACGACGAGGAGGAGUUGGAAGAAAGAAGCGGACAGCGAAGGUCAGGCCACCGAAAAGACGCGGCUGCUUCACAGUGAGCCGUACUCAUCGGACACCCUAUCGAAGAAGGCGUCGACGCAGACGUGUAGGCGGCGAGGGAGGAUCGCGGUGUGGCGGCCGCGUUUGGAGAGCAUCUCCGAGAUCUCCGACGACCUCUGUGUGAACUUCUGAUUCCUCUGUCAUUUGUCCUUUGUAGAUUUCCCUGUUGAAGCCAUUUCCUCAGCAACCGUCUUCACGAGACGGUGACGUGAUUUCUGUAAAGAUACAUAUAGCAUAUCUUUAUUGGAUUUCUCCUCUCUCAA